CCAACCGUGUAGAAUACGUCUUUAUAACCACAACCGCAUGGGUUGUAUUCGGUCCACAACCAUGACGUUAACGCUGCAUGCUACCAUCAUCGUCCUGGCGGCAGGGAUGGUCAAAGCUGAUAUCUACAAUCCGUACACACAUCCGUCAACCAACCGGAGGUUCUUGCAUGAUCUGAGGUCACUGCUGAGACUCUAUCUGGGAGAGAAGGUUCUGCCACCAGAAACUUUCACUCCACACGGAAGCGACCUGGAAGGAGGAGCUGUGUUCACUCGGUGGGGGAGGACAACAUGUCCGUCAGGAAAUGAUGUCAUGUAUAAAGGUUAUGCUGGAGGAAGCCAUUACCAGGCCCCGGGUGGACCAGGAACAACCCUGUGCCUCCCUGAGGCACCUAUCUACGCCAACCAUUCUCCAGUAGGAUCACAAAGCGAUCUCUAUGGUGCAGAGUAUCAAACUGAUGCAGAGACAGCGCCUCUUCAUAAACUGUUUCAAGAUGAUAUCCCGUGUGUGGUGUGUCACAGUCGUCAUAGGAGGAGUGCUGUCAUGGUCCCUGCCAGGAAUGAGUGCUUCCCUGGGUGGCACCUGGAAUACAAGGGGUACCUCUUUGGGGGUGCCACUGAACACUAUACUGGUCACACUGAUUAUGUCUGUGUUGAUGGCGAUGCAGAAGCUGUCGCCGGGGGUAAGGCAAACACAAACGGCCAUAUCUUGUACCUGGUCGACUCUAAAUGCGGUGCUUUACCUUGCCCACCAUAUGUUGAGGGAUGGGAGCUGACAUGCGCUCUUUGCACAAAAUAAAAUCAUGUCACCUGU